UUCUGCCCAGAGGUAAGCCCCAGGCCCCAGCUCAAAGCCUCACCCCGCCCGUGCUGGUACCCUCCUGCCCCUGCCUCCUGCCCCCCACCUGCCCUGAGGUCCCAGGCAUCUCGGGGCUGCUCCUGCAGCUGGCCUGGCCCUCUCCCCAGGUGUACCAGCCAGGAUGCAGCAGCCCCAAGUGGAGACAGGUGCCAUCGGGGCCGGCGAGGGGCCGCAGCAGGCAAUGCCCUGGUCGGCCUGGGUCAUGCGGCAGGCCUGGGUGCGCUGGUGCAUGUGCCACAUGCCUCGGAGCUGGGCCCAGUGGUGGACCGCAUCGGGCUGGCGGCAGCCACUCCAGCGUGUGCUAUGGGGGCUGGAGGGGAUCCUCUACCUGCUGCUGGCGCUGAUGCUAUGCCACGCGCUCUUCACCACCGGCUCCUACCUGCUGAGCUCCUUGUGGCCUGUCGUGACUGCAGCGUGGCGCCAUCUGCUGCCAGCUGUCCUGCUGCUGGUGCUCAGCGCCCUCCCUGCCCUGCUCUUCACCGCCUCCUUCCUGCUGCUUUUCUCCAUGCUGUUGAGCCUCGUGGGCCUCCUCACCUCCAUGUCUCACCCAGACUACACUCAGGACUUGGACCAAUAG